CGCUCUUGCUACCAACGACACCGAGUUACCCCAGGAAAUUCAUCUGCUCUGCUGUCGCCGUCACUGACAACGAGCUCCUCUUUCGCUGCCGCAGCCGCUGAAGUCUGCUUGGAAAUGUCAUGGAUAUUCACGCUCUACUUAAGACCAACUGCGAUAAACUCCUGGAACAGUAUCACGCUAACUUGCGCGAUGUCCGCGCUCUGCAGGAGACGUUGAUCAACGACAUACUGCCUUCUGUAUCCGACGAGCUCCGCCUUGGCGAUUUAGAAACUAGUUGGGCGAAGGAAUGGCUAAACGAUACCUUUUCUAUCUUCCAUCUAUUCAGGAGAAACAACUAUACGAAGUCCUUCGCGCUAGAAGCAGUUCGCAAAAACCUUGUAUGGCGGUUGAGCCAUGUAUGGCCACCGGAUCCAGAUAUAUCGACACGAAUCGCUGCAAGCGUCCAUUUUCUCCCUGACGACGUCACAGAUCCUCUAGGAAGACCUAUCAUCAUGCUCAAAUUCGCCCCAUUCAACUACUGCUUGGACGAGUACGAAGGAGUCGUCUACCGUGCUCUAGAGUGUCUUCGAUGUCACCUGCAAGAAGUCAACAGAAACGAGGUAGAAGGGCGUCCUGCUCUGCAGUACGUCUUGCUUCUCGACCUCAAGGGUCUAUCUAUGCAAAGUAUCAGUUUUGACCUUGUUUCUUGGCUGUUAUCCGACGUCAUACCACGGUUCCCGGGAAUGCUGUCAGCAGUUUUCAUGAUAAACUUCUCAUGGACUCACUCGGGCAUCUGGAGCGUAGCAAAACGUCUUCUCCCGGCCAAUGCACUCUCUCGAGUCUUUUUCCCUAAGCAGGAAGAGCUUAUCAGCUACUUCACACCUUCAGCUUUACCACAAGGCAUUUAUAUGGCUAAUAUACUUCCCGUACACGAGCUAACUACUUUGAUAGAUUAUGGCGGAGUCUUGGAGCCUUUGUCAACUAUCUGUGAUCCCUCACAAAGAAGACAAAUAUUCCCUUCGUCUCAGUCAUUCUCUACCGCGGAAACCACUGAUUUAUCUCCUAUACCCGAGUCAUCGUCCCUUUCUCCGACGUCUAUGAUUAACCCAUUCUUUGGUUAUCCAGUCUCUGUGACGGGGAGAUCUGCAUCCUUGCACCAUGGGCGCCGCCGUAAGCGAGAUCUAGCAAAAACUUUGAUGUUGCUGUUAUGGCUCCGAUGGCGACGGCAAAUCAGGACUUGUUUUUGGCUGGGGAUAUUCGCAUUAGCGGUGAGGUUAUGGUCUCGCCGAUGGCUAUUGCGUUCCCCCAAGGGUCUCGCUCUAUUGCAGGCAUUCUGGUCCUCAUGUAGUUAGUAACCGUCAUAAUCUAUCUUGGCAUGCCAAAAGCCCAUUCAUCCUGCCAUCAUCUAAUUUCGUCUCUUUAUUCCGUAUGACUCUGCAACGGAACUUGGGCGAUCAACGUCGGGCAAGUAAUUAGAAAGUUAUAUUCGUAAGACCUCAUUCCCCGACCCCGAGUAUUGAGUGGUACGUACAAC